CCAAUACUUGAAACUGACCAACACAAAACAGUAAAAACAAAAAACGCAAGAUAUCAACUGUCGUAAAAACAAGUUUGACAAUAUCAAAUAGAAUUAAGAAGAAAUAUAAACAUAAAAAACAAAUAAUUGAACAUUAUUAGCAAAAUUAACAACAGCUCCUCAAUAUCAAUGACCAAAAUGACAUCAGUUUAAAAAUAACAAAAAAGUAUUAAACAAAAAGCAUCUAACAAUUUCAAUCAUCAUUGAAAAAAGAAAAUUAAAAAACAUUCAAAAAAGGUAUUAAUAAAUGUAUAAUUUUAUUUAAUAACGAUGAAAUUUAAUUUGGUAUAGAAAAGGAAAACGUAAACAGUUAAAUAUGACAGAAGGAGGUAGAUUUGAAUUUGACGAUGGUGGAUUCUAUGUUGGCGAUUGGCGCAAUGGAAAUGCACACGGUCAUGGCAUUUGCACUGGACCUUCAGCACAAGGUAAAUAUGAAGGAUUCUGGGAAAAUGGCUGUGAAGUUUCAGGUGUUUAUAGUUGGCCAGAUGGAACAACAUAUAGUGGAGAAUGGAAAAACGGUUUAAGAUGCGGCUUCGGACAGGAAAAAGGCAAAGUUUUUACAUAUUACGGAGAAUGGUUAAAUGGAGUGAAACAUGGAAGCGGAGUUAUCCAGAUAACCUCCACCGCAAGAGUGUGUUACGAAGGAACAUUCAGAAAUGGUUUGCAAGACGGAUACGGUGUUGAAGUUUAUAAAGAUGGCGGAUUUUACGCUGGUCAGUGGAAAGAUGGUCUACGGCAUGGUUAUGGUAUGCGAGCAGAUGCUGAUAUCAGUAAAUUCUUUGACAGCUCUUCUUCAUUGCAUCAUCUUUUUGUUGAAAACCCUUCGUUGUUUACCAUUUCUAAGUCUGUUACUACUAGUGAAGGUCACGUGCUUGAUGUUUUCGAUGAAAAUGCGGAAAAUGAUUUAGCUCACAAACAAGCUGAAGAAUUUGCAGAACAGUCAAAAGGACUUCAAAGUCAUCAACAAGCUUGUCGUUUAAAUGGAACUGGUUUAAAACACAGCAAUAGUGUUAAAGAUUAUAAAGUCGAAGUUUACAAAGGAUCCUGGGAACAAGAUCAAAGAGAAGGUUUUGGUGUUUGUUAUUAUGAUAAUGGCUCGCAUUAUAUCGGUCACUGGAAGCAAAACAAACGCCAUGGUUAUGGACUAUAUGUUAGUGUUGAUGGUAAAAAAAAUGGGGGAAAAUGGUUUAAUGACAGUUUGUUACUUACUCGGCUGAAAAAUUUUCGUCUCACUUUUUUGAGAAGAAAAACAACGAAUAAUAUAUUUGCCGCCAUGGAAGCAUCAACGUGUGCAACUUCUAAAGUAAGUCUUGCAAUAAAACGGGCAAUUGCUGCUAAACAAGUAGCAGAUUGUGCCAAAAAAGCUGCAGAUGUUGCUGAGGAACAUGCCAAAGUGGCUGAAACUGCAGCUACAAAGUUUACAUGGCAUCCAUCAUUUAAAGUGUUUAUAUUACCAAACCAACCUUCACAAAGAUCACUUAACGAAAAGAGCAACCAUUCACCAAAACUUUUGUCUCAUUCUAAAAAUGAACAUGCAUUUCAGAACACAUACCAAGACAAAGACCUGUUUCAAAGAAAAGAUUUAAAUGCUGCUAUAGAUGGAUCUGUUUUUGUUGGUGCAGUUAGCCCUAUUUUGUCAAGAAAUAGUCUUCUUCAGAGUACUUAUGAACCUAAGAGUUACUGUAAGCAAAAAUUUCUUAUUGACAAAACCCCACAAUCUGAAUCACGAAUUAGACUCAAAAAGUUAACAGCAUCUUUGGAGCCAAAACUUCCAAGAAGAUCAAGUGAAUAUUCAGAACUAGUUUAUAUUCGAGCUUGUUCAUCAGGUGAAGAGGUUUGUUAUCCUUAUGUUGCUGUAAACCUAGAAGUUGAUGGUAAAGAAACUCAGGUUUUGCAUACUAAUUAUCCAAAACCGAAAUUCAAACCAGGUAUUUCAAUAUCAGAACAACAAUCCAUUAAAUCUUCUACUGGACUUUACCGCACUGUAAUAGGACAAUUACCUAAUAUGUUAAGUGUUGAAGCGCAUCAGAAAUUAAUCAGUGAAGGUGAAUCUUCGAAUUCGGUUCCAAUUAAAAAAGAAUCUAUUUUGUCUAACUCUUCUUCAAACGAAGAUGAAGGCGUUGCAUCGUUAACUUAUUCGGAUGAUUGUGAGUACAGUUUAGGACCAGAUAAUGGAAAAAACAAUGUUGUAGUUAAAACUUGUGAUGAUAAAUGUGGUAAUAAUAGUAAUAAUAAUAAUAUAAAUUUGACCAAAGAAAAUCAUCAAAUAAAAAAUUCAAUUGAAAAACUUACUUCAUUAGAAAAAAAUAUAGAUAAACCUUCUAAAAACCUUGAAAAGUGUGACAAUGUGAAAAUUAUUCAUCGAAACCAAAAGCAAGUAUUAAUUAAAAAAAAUUAUAAAAAAGACAAUGAGCCAUCAUCUGAUGGAGACUCUCAUUCUGCUUUAACUGCAAUGUGGCUGUCAAGACAUGUGUGGCCUAAUCAGUUACAGAAAUGUUCAUCUCGUUCCGUAUCAACAGACUCUGGCUAUAAACAGAAUAGUAUAGAUGAAUGUUGUGAAGAAACUACAGAAACAGUUCCUUUUAUUGAACACAACAAUGGUUUAGAUGUAACUGCUUUAACAUAGUUAUACAUUGCUCCAAAGGUUUAUUAUAUGCCUUAAUUAGAUUUCUUUUGUAAUCGAGUCAAUUGAAGCCCUAUUUUAGUGGUGCAGGCCAAAAGUUUAUAUGUUUUUUUAUAUAUAAAAAGUUUAUAGUCUUUUAUUUA